AUGGUUUUGACGACGUCCUUUUUUUACCGAACGACUUUGUCCGGUGCUAAUGCUGCGAAUGCUUCGGAAACAACCACCAAGAGGACGACUGUAACGAUGAGAAGAAACGGUGACGAGGAUAACAACGGGAAAAAGAAGACGAAGAAGACCACCAAAGAUGUGGAACGAGGAGGUCGAUUUUCGGGGUCGUCGUUUAAUACUACAUCGGCGGCAAAGAAGAAACUGGCGAUGAUCGUUCUCUUCUUCGGGUUUUUGAGCGCAGCGGUUGCCUCGGUGAGUGCAAGCCUUCACGAAGAAGGCGUUUCUAUCCCGGAUGUGAGGUUGGACCAACAACAACGGGAGGAGGAGGAAAAGGAUGGACGAGUGAAAACGAGCGGCUUUAGGCGCCUGUUGGAAGAGGACGAGGUCGCGGAAGCGCGACCGUUGCGAGGACGCAGGAUCGGCGGGCAACGAUUCGAUCGAGUUGUGUAUCCUCCGAAAGAUCGAGAGCGAGCGAGAGGGACGCUGAGACAGUUGUUGGAGGAGGAUUACAAUAACAACGAGGAAGAAGUGGUGGCCGCGGAAGGAGAAGAAGAAGAAGGAGCAAACGGCGGCGAAGAAACGGAGGAGGAAAUCCAAGAAGAGAUCGCCGAGGAGAAGGAAGAGGAGAGAGAGAUUUUGGAGGAAGAACGCGAAGAGAGAGCGGAGGCGCGCGAGGAGCGACGAGAGCGUCGAGAGCAACGCCAAGAGAUGCGAGAGGCGGUGGAAGAGGUCAAGGAGGAAGUCGCCGAAGAACAAGAGGAGGAAGCAGAAGCCGAGGCGGAGGCAGAGCAAGAGGCGGAAGAACAAGAGGCUUCGGAACAAGAGGAGGAACAAGCCGCGAGCGAGGAAGAGUCGAGCGAAGAGUAA